AUGCUCGGGAAUGGGGUUCGACGUUCAUGGAAACGUCUGCUAGAUGGCCAUUGCGGCAUUGUGAAUGUGAAAGAUCGUGAUGAACGUUUCGCAGAGCAACCCUGUCAAGUUGCGGCUGUUGUGCCGCAGGGCAUGAGGGAAGAGGGAGGUUGGACUGCCUCGGAAUGGUUAGGGAGAGGUGAAGAGCGAAAGAUGGCCAAGUUCGCACAGUAUGCCAUGGCGGCGACGGAGGAGGCUCUUCAAGACGCUGAGUGGAAACCAGAGCUGUUUGAGCAAAGGGAAGCUACGGGAGUGUGUCUAGGAUCGGGCAUUGGGAACUUUGAUGAGAUGUACAACACGACGAUAGCUUAUGACAAGGGGGGCUACAAAAAGGUCAAUCCAUUGUUCGUGCCAAAGCUGCUGAUUAACCUAGGCGCUGGGCAUAUUUCCAUGAAGUACGGCUUCAUGGGUCCCAGUCACGCAGCUACCACAGCGUGCACAACCGGGGCACAUUCCGUCGGUGACGCAGCUCGGUUCAUCGCCUGUGGCGACGCUGACGUGAUGGUCGCCGGUGGUGCUGAGUCCUGUAUUCACCCUCUGGCUAUUGGUGGCUUCGCCCGCGCAAGGAGUCUAGCAACAGCAUACAAUGAUACCCCAGAGAAGGCGUCACGACCAUUCGAUGCGGACCGCGGGGGCUUCGUGGUCGGUGAAGGCGCAGCCGUGUUGAUUCUAGAGGAGCUAGAACAUGCCCUCGCAAGAGGAGCCCGGAUCUAUGCAGAACUGAAAGGAUAUGGCUGUUCCAGCGACGCACAUCAUAUGACCUCACCCAAAGAGAACGGCGAGGGCGCCUUCAUGGCCAUGAAGAAGGCGCUCAAGCAAGCCCGACUACGCCCUUCUGCAGUCGACUACAUCAAUGCACAUGCGACAUCAACUAUCGUUGGCGAUGCUGCUGAGAAUGCCGCUAUCAAGUCGCUGCUGCUUGGUCCUGAGGGUAAGCUUAUGGCUGCUGAUGUGAACGUUAGCAGCACAAAGGGUGCUCUUGGUCAUCUUCUUGGCGGUGCUGGUGCUGUAGAGGCCUUGAUCAGUGUGCUUGCAGUCCAUGAGAAUACCAUGCCCCCUACUAUCAACCUGGACCGCUUGGCUGAUGGCUUCGAUUGCAAUUAUGCGCCGAAUGAGCCUCAGUCUCGCCAAAUUGAUGUCGCCUUGACGAAUAGCUUUGGCUUUGUAUUCUGCCUCUCACUUUACUUUCAGUUUGCCCUCACCAUGGCGAACCAUGGUGCUCCCGGUCGAGGUAGGAAAACCCCAAUCUCCAUUGAAAGCGCAGAGCUUCUAGGAUGCUUCAGCAUAGGCUCGGAGUAUCUGAGAUCGGGAAGUCUUAUCGAUGCAUCCGGGUACACGUUCACAGACAAGGAUACCAAACCCGGCAAGAUCAAGGUGAAGAAGACAUCCAAGGCGUCAACCAAGAAGAAGGCAGAUGAAGCCAAAGACGGCCCUAUCGACACAUCCCCAACCGCCUCACCCCUCCCCGUUCUCGACAGCAAAGUCGUCUCCGUAUUCCCGACCGGCAAGCCGCGCGAAAACGACCUCCUCGAAACCGUAAUAUGCAAACACUGCAAGCGUCCCACCCUCAAGCAAACAGCAGCAGAGCACGUCCGCAGCUGUCUAAAAGCCAAGCAGGAAAAGGCACGUAAGAAGAAGGAAGCCCGGGACGCCGCCAAUAGACUCAAGGCCGGCGACGAUCGCGACGAUGAGCCCGACAGAGCCGACGGCGAAACCAUGGGCCAGAAGAGUGCUAAGAAGGCGACGACGGGCGACGAUAACAGGAAGGGAAAGAAGCGGAAGGCUGAUGAUGACGAUGGCAAGGAGUCGAAGAAGAAGAAAAAGAAGGACGAGCCAAAGCAUAAAACGGCUAAGCCCAAGGGUCCUGUCGAUGUCGAGAAACAGUGCGGUGUUACGCUUCCUAAUGGAGCGCAGUGCGCUCGUUCCUUGACUUGCAAGAGUCAUUCUAUGGGUGCGAAGCGGUCCGUCCCUGGUCGUACGCUGCCGUAUGAUAUGUUGCUUCAGCAGUAUCAGAAGAAGAAUCAGGCUCGUCAGCAGAAGGCUGCCAUCGACGCCAAUGCCCCCUUACAAGAAGACAUCGAGAAUACCGGCCCCAUCGACUCAGACGAAGAAAGAGAUGCCGUUAUGGCUGCUAUCGCCCGCUCAGCUCCCCAACCUCUUGUCCGCCAUCCCCUCAUCACUACCAAGUCAAAGUACCGAUAUGUCCGCAUCAAAGAGCAAAUGUCACAUGCCAUGGGUGUCCGCAGCGGCGGCGGCCUCUUCUCUAAUGACGACAGUCAGCCUUUAUUCGGCGGUCUCCUUUUCUCAUCCGUCGCCAACGAUAUCGACUCGUCCGUUGACGCAAAUGGCGAGAUCGAUACUGGGACUAUUCCAGGCAGCCGCAAUACACCCAUCACUGCAGCUUAG